UGCAAAUACACGGUCUCCUCACAGCCUGUCCUGUCGCUCUCAUCGGGGACAAAACCCAUCAGUAACCCCUCUCAUAUCUGGAUCUAUCUCUCUAAACCGUUUAUAUUCACCUGAUGUGAGAGAGUGUUUAGCAGGGAGCAGCGAUGGGCGCGUUUGGAGUGAUCUUGAGGAGUUUACAUUGUGUGGGACUCUACAUCCAACUUAGUGCCAGUGUCAGACAAGCGGAACGAGACGAGGUAGAGAACCACAUAUUCAGCAACGCUCUCUUCACAGAGGUCCCUCAUGACAUCACGGCACAGCGUGGACAGGAUGUGGAGAUGGCGUGCUCGUUCCGGGGUGCGGGCUCACCGUCCUAUUCACUGGAGAUACAGUGGUGGUACAUCAGGAACCACAGAGAAUGGACGGACAAGCAGACGUGGACCACCAAUCAGGUGAUUCCCCAGAAUGAGAUGUCGAAGGACGCCACCAAAAUCAGUGUGGUGAAGGUUGCCGGUAGCAACAUCUCCCACAAGCUGCGUCUGUCCAAUGUGAAGCCGUCGGACGAGGGCACAUACGAAUGCCGCGUCAUCGACUUCAGCGACAGUAAACUGCGCCACCAUCACGUGCGGGCAUACCUGCAGGUGGAGCAGGGCGAGGGGAACAUGGCUCCUCCAUCCCAGCAGGGGGCAGCAUCACAAGAGGAACUUCUGCAGUCCGAGCACAACAAGCAUCAGCCAGUGCACCACUCCCACCACAAACCCGGCCGAGAGCUCAGGAAGAGGUCCGCUGAUGAUAGUACCACUGACUGCACAGAGAGCUGUGCACUUUAAAUUCCUCAGCUUAGUUCCAACUCGACCCCGACACCCCAAACCCUCAAUUCCUUAAGCCUAGAGCCCUAAUUUUAAAAGGAUAGUUCAGACAAAAAUUAAAAUUCUGCUAUCGUUUACUCACCCUCAUGCUGUUCCAAACCAAUGUGACUUUCUUUCUUCUGUGGAACACUAAAGGAGAUUUUGAAUUCUUUUAAAUGUUCACACCGUUCUUUUCCCAAAAUAUUGAGUAGCUUCAGAAAACUUGGAAUGUAGCACACAAGUCGUAUGGACUUCUUUAAUGACAUUUUAAUUGUUUUUCAUGUUUUUUUGUUCUCUGUCACUUGAAAGUCCCUGGACUGCAAAACAAAUUAUCAUAUUAUAUAUAUAUAUAUAUAUUAGAUCAAAAUUACAUAAGAUAAUUACAUGAGUCAUUUUUCCAACAGUUGUUUACGGACAGAUUGUUUCACUUUUAAUUGACUAUAGCACAAUUCCAGUGGGUCAGAAGUUUACAUACAUUAAGUUAACUGUGCCUUUAAGCAGCUUGGAAAAUUCCAGAAAAUGAUGUGAAGCUUUUUGGCAAUUAGCCAAUUAGCUUCUGAUAGGAGGUGCACUGAAUUUGAGGUCUACCUGUGGAAGUAUUUUAAGGUCUACCUUCAAACUCAGUGCCUCUUUGCUUGGCAUCUUGGGAAAAUCAAAAGAAAUCAGCAAAGACCUCAGAAAAUAAAUUGUGGACCUCCACAAGUCUGGUUCAUCCUUGGGAGGAAUUUACAAAUGUCUGAAGGUCCCACGUUCAUCUGUACACACAAUAAUAAUCAAGUAUAAACACCAUGGGACCACGCAGCAUCAUAGCGCUCAGGAAGGAGAAGCAUUCUGUCUCCUACAGAUGAGCGUAGUUUGAUGUGAAAAGUGCAAAUCAAUCCCAGAACAACAGCAAAGGACCUUGUGAAGCUGCUGGAGGAAACAGGUUGACAUGUAUCUAUAUCCACAGCAAAACUAGUCCUAUAUCGACAUAACCUGAAAGGCUGCUCAGCAAGGAAGAAACCACUGCUCCAAAACCAUCAUAAAAAAUCCAGACUACAGUUUGCAAGUGCACAUGAGGACAAAGAUCUUACUUUUGGAGAAAUGUCGUCUAGUCUAAUGAAACAAAAAUGUAACUGUUUGGUCAUAAUGAUCAUCGUUAUGUUUGUAGGAAAAGGGUGAGGCUUGCAAGCCUAAGAACACCAUCCCAACCGUGAAGCAUGGGGGUGCAGCAUCAUGUUGUGGGGGUGUUUGCUGCAGGAGGGACUGGUGCACUUCACUAAAUAGAUGGCAUCAUGAGGAAGGCAAUUGAUGUGGAUAUAUUGUAAUAAUGUAACAAGAGAUGUAAUAAGUAACAUCUCAAGACAUCAGCCAGGAAGUUAAAGCUUGGUCGCAAAUGGACAAUGACCCCCAAGUACCUCCAAAGUUAUGGCAAAAUGGCUUAAGGACAACAGAGGCAAGGUAUUGGAGUAUCACAAAGUCCUGAUCUCAAUCUGAGCAAGGAGGUCUACAAACAUGACUCAGUUACACCAGUUCUGUCUGCAGGAAUGGGACAAAAUUCCAGCAACUUAUUGUGAGAAGCUCGUUGAAAACUCCCCAAAAACAUUUGACCCAAGUUAAACAAUUUAAAGGCAAUGCUGCCAAAUAUUAAAAAAAGUCUAUGUAACCUUUUGACCCACUCAGGAUGUGAUGAAAAGCUGAAAUAAAUCAUUCUCUCUACUAUUAUUCUGACAUUUCACAUUACAUUUUAAUUAUUAAUUUUUUCUCCCCUAUUUGGCAUGCCCAAUUCCCAAUGCGCUCUAGGUCCUCGUGAUGGCAUAGUGUCUCAGUUGCCUCCGCGUCUGAGACCGUCAAUCCGCGCAUCUUAUCACGUGGCUUGUUGAGCGCGUUACCGCGGAGACAUAGUGCGUUUGGAGGCUUCACGCUAUUGUCCACGGCAUCCACGCACAACUCACCACACGCCCCACUGAGAAAGAGAACCACAUUAUAGCGACCACAAGGAGGUUACUCCACGUGACUCGACCCUCACUUGCAACCGGGCCGAUUUGAUCAGCACGCCCUGGAUUCAAACUCACAACUCACGGUGUGAUGGUCAGCGUCUUUACUUGCUGAGCGACCCAGGACCCCCCCAGACAUUUCACAUUCUUUAAAUAAAGUAGUGAACAUAACUAAGACAGGGAAUGAUUUCUAAAAUUAAAUGUCAGGAAUUGUGAAAAACUGAGUAUUUGAAUGUAAUUGGCUAAUGUGUAAAGUUGUAAAAUGUGUACGUUUCUGUAAAACAAUUUAUUUUGUUUUCCACAGAAGAAAGAAAGUAAUAUACUGUAGGUUUGGAACAACAUGAGUGUGAAUAAAUGAUUACAGAAUUUUCAUUUUUGGGUGAGCUUUUCCUUUUAACACAAGAUGUAUAUUUCUGUAUAAAACAACAGUAGAUGUCUGUUCAGAACAGCGAGUGCAUGUCACAAAUGUUUCUAAUAAUAUUUGCUAAAUAACAAGCAACAAAAUUGGACCGUUGAUUUAAACUCUUUGCUCAUUCUUAGUACGAUCGGAUUCAUGUUUUUGAUGCAGUGUUUCUGUAGUCAGAUGGGGUAAUCACACGAAGAAAUGUCUGGAUUAUAUUUAACCCCAAAAUCAAGAGAAAAAAAAAUGUAAUAAUAAUAAUAAUCAAAUAUUAGAAAAUCAAUUUCAAUGAAUGUAAAUAAUACAAAAAUCACUUUUCAAUGAAAGUAAUGUCACUUAUUAGUCCUUAACAAUCUGAAUAUUGUCUUUAUUUCCUUUUGAUUUUGGCGUAAAGUAGGACAUUUCUGGACAGUUUUGCGAGAGUCGCCCAGAGAGGAGGGGUAGAACAAAAGUUAAUGUUCAAAAUAUUCCUCAACCGGUCUGAACCAUGACAUUUCCAGGCUGUAAUUACUAUCGUUGUUUACAUAUAAUGUUAAAUGCACCGGUCUGCGGGGUUUAUUUAGACUUUAAGAGAUUUCACAGGUGCAAAAAUGUGCCAAUAGGCUUCUGUCUUACGAAUGAGGGGACGAUGCACACGCGAUAUUACAAUGUUUCGUGAUUUUAUGCAGCUUUUGAAAACAAUCACAGUGUGUUUAAUGGUAUUAUUGGCAGCUUAGUUUCUGGUUUAUUUGAUUGUUUAGAUUCAAGCGUUUUUGGAAGUAAUAACUGUGUACAGAUUGUCUCUAUUACAGUGAUCCUGCAGGAGACUGGUUUCAACCUCAAUGUAUGCCUUUAUCAAAUAAAUAAAAAUAUUGAUCAUAUAUCUUAACGUACUGUUAAUACAGGAUUUCCCUUGCUCUUUUGAAAUCAAAAACACUACAUAGAUAUCACAACAUCUAUUCGAGCGGAGCCGUGACACUGCGUGACUUUCCUUUAUAGCGUUGUGUGAAAAGAGUUAUAUGCAUUGUUAUGAAUAGCUGCAGUCUCUUGUACCUUAUCGCUUAAUUAAUUCACCAAAAUUGGUAGAUACAGGCCCACACCAUCUGCUUAUCCGAUAUUAUCAGAUACCCUUCAAGGUGGCGUUUUUGCCUUGUGUUCUAACAAAUGGCUUCUGCACUUUCCCAACCUCUAAAAUCACCUUCAUUCUUCAUUUCUUUCCUCACUCCAGUUAGCUUUGUUAUC